AGAAAAAGAAAAAGGAAAACCCUAGUCCGAGGAAGAUCUGCCCUGGCCAAGGCAUACUUGCUGGUUUUCCCCCCACAUCCAUCGAUUCCCUUCAUCUGUCACCCUUUCCACAGAAAAUAGCCACCAAAAGCCCAUCAAUUCGUCGCAACCUGACGAUCAAUCGCCGCCGGAUUCAUAUCGUCACUGCCGGAAAAAUUCCACCCUAAGCGAAGCCGUUCCAGGGCCCUUGUCGUGAUUCCACGUGGAGUCUCGUACCCGUAUUUGGCGUGACCGUGCUUUGCAGCCUCCAGUUUUUGGAGGAGUGCCCAUUUUUCAUCUGAUUGUUCCAAUUCCAAUGAAUGGUUCACCAUCUGAGAUGGUUAUGACCUGCCAGAGUACUGGGGAUAUUGGUAUUCCUUCACAGCCCUGUGAAGUUGGUGCUACUUCACACGAUGACAAAAGCUGCCCUGCAUAUGCUUUGCCUGCACAGGUCAAUGGAUGGAUGUAUGUUAAUCAAGAAGGUCAGAUGUGUGGACCAUACAUACAGGAACAGUUGUAUGAAGGGUUGUCCACUGGUUUCUUGCCAGACGAGCUUCCUGUAUAUCCCAUAUUUAACGGGACACUUGCUAAUCCAGUCCCCCUGAAGUACUUCAAUCAGUUCCCAGAUCAUGUUGCCACAGGCUUUGCAUAUUUAAACCCAGUAGCCUCUGGUUUGAGUGGUCGUGGCUUUCAAUCGAAGGCAGAUUAUUCUGAAAUACCCAUUCCAAACCAGCAUAUUCUCACAUCUGGUUCUGUCACGACACCACAUUUGCAUCUGUCUUUGGAACAGGGAGGUGGAGAAUCUUGUUGGCUCUUUGAUGAUGAUGAGGGGACGAAACAUGGACCACACUCUCUUGUAGAUCUGUACACAUGGUUUCGCUAUGGAUACAUUAGGGAUUCAAUAAUGGUGUAUCAUUCUGAUAAUAAAUUUAAACCUUCUACAUUACAAUCUUUAUUAAGUACCUGGGUGGAAGCAGUACCUAGAGAUGCCUCAUUGUCAAGUGUCAUUAUGCGUAAGGAUGACAUGUCUUUUCAAGGUUUUGUGACUGAGGUGUCUGAAGAACUAUGUUUACAGCUACACUCAGGAAUCAUGAAAGCAGCUCGUAGAACUGUGCUAGAGAAGAUCAUUAGUCAAAUAAUUUCAGUGUGUGUUGCAACGAAUGAAGCUGAUAAGCAUCUUAGGCAAGAAACUCUCAAUAAAAAUGUCAACUCAUCUUCAGAGGAUAACAUAACGCAUAAGGGUGGUAAAAGUAUUGUCCCUGAGAGCAGACCAGAAGCUUCUGUAACUGAUUGGCAGAGAACUUGUCUGGAUGAGGUCGCUGUAGUGUCUUCACAAUGCACAAAGUCUGUUGGAAGUUAUCAGAAUUUUUGUGCUGCACAUUUAUUGGUCUGCAGAAUACUUUAUGAGUCAUGCAUGCAAGUAAUGUGGAAUGCUGUCUGUUAUGACCUCACAGCAGAUUAUGCAUCUGCAUGGAGAAAGAGAAAGCGCUGGUCUGAUCCCCGGGAUAUGGUGAAAUCAAGUACAUUUUUGGAUUCUUCACUUGUCCGAUACCCAGAUCCACAUACUGAAGCUUUACCACGAGUUGAAUCCUCUGGUCAUGACAUUGAUUGCCCACCAGGUUUUGAGCAGCAAGGAAACUCUGGUUGUGAAAUCGAUUACCCCCCUGGUUAUGAACAGGCUAUGGAGAUACGGGAUGUACGUUCAAUUUCACGACCACAGUAUUUGCCUACUGCUGAUGAAAAAGUAUCAUGUAAAGGCAGCAUCUUAUUAGAGAACAAAUUUUCUGAUGAAAUAGGAUCUAUCCAUGAGAGCGUAUUGAAUGAUCUGCAUCUCUCUGUCAAAAUCACAUUGGAAAAUCAUUUCAUGGACCUCUUGGAUGAGGAAGUGGGUAAAAUUGCUGAUGACUGCUCAAAGGAUGUCCAGAUGAAUAAGGUCGCGGAGAAUUAUAGAUUAUAUAAUGAUGGUGAUCUUGAGAUUUGCAAUCCAUUAACAGGACCAUUGAAUGAUAACACAAUUACUAGUAAUGAGUUUUCCAUCUCAGGUGUAUUGUUGAGUUCAUUUCAGAAGUUGCCUAUCCACUUAGAAGAUGAAGGUGUCGAUGAGCUGCAACCACCCGACUCUAGAAUGUCACUUCCUGUACAAACCUCAACACUUGUAUCCUUUAGGCAUCACGAUUGUGUUCCAAAGGUCGUGUGGCAUAGUGCCCUGGCAAUUUGUCGGCAAAAGAUACAUGAGAAUGUGCUGAGAGAAGUGAGGCUAUUUAUUGAUGGUACAAUUAAAAGACUUCUUAAGGCUCUGUUUUCUGGAAAGAAAUCUGAAGGCUCUCAGAUCUCAAAGAUUAAGAAAGGCAAAAAGAAACCUGAUAAACUUGCCUCAGUUAGAAAUCAGGUGGAGAUAUCUCCUGACACAUCUUUGACCACCAGCAGAUAUACGCAUUGCCACAAGAAAAGGUUUGAUAAGAGAAAAUCAGACACCUUAUCUCAGUGUUUGACCAGCAAGGGUGUUGCGUCUAAAAAACAUAAAGCAAAGAGCCAACAUCCUUCCAGUGAGGCAUUGGAGAUUGCUAAGCAUGGAAAACCAGUUGUGAAGUCGAAAGAAACUCGACUGGCUAGAUCUGACAGCAAAUCGCUUCAAAACUACUCAUCAUCUCAUGCCAAGACUAACGAGAAUUCAGACGAGGUUAUUACUAUCACCAAAGGGUGUGAAAAUCAUGCAAGCGGCACCAAACGGAAGGCCCCUAUACUCUCUGAAAAUGCUUUUAGUGCUGAUAAUACUCAUAAGUUGAACAGGGUUUCCCAAAAACAAGAAGUGCAAAUUAUUUCAAAAGGGACACAGAAAUCAACCAAGUUAGUGAAGCUGCAAAGAAAUCGACCAAAAGAUGAUGUGCCCUUGGAAAAAGUUCAGAUUGUUCCUGUUGCUUCUUCUGAUCAAGCAACAAAUGAGGUUUUUGUACAAAAUAAAGGCAGUGGUAAAUCCAGGAAAACAAAACGGUGCCCUCGAUCAGAUGGGUGUGCUCGCACCUCCAUUAAUGGUUGGGAAUGGCAUAAAUGGUCACUGACUGCAACUCCUGCUGAAAGGAUUCGUGUAAGAGGGAGUGGCUGUGUCCAUGUUCAUUCUGUCAAUCAUGAUGGAAGUAGUUCUCAAUCCUCAAAUGUUAAAGGAAUAUCUGCCAGAACAAACCGGGUUAAAAUGCGUAACCUUCUUGCUGCUGCAGAGGGUGCUGAUAUUUUGAAAGCAACUCAAUUGAAGGCAAGGAAAAAACGUCUGCGUUUUCAGCGUAGUAAAAUACACGACUGGGGUCUUGUAGCUUUAGAGCCAAUUGAGGCCGAGGAGUUGGUGAUCGAAUAUGUUGGAGAACUUAUUCGCCCCAGUGUAUCUGAUAUAAGGGAAUGCUAUUAUGAAAAGACAGGGAUUGGUAGCAGUUACCUCUUCAGACUGGAUGAUGGUUAUGUUGUGGAUGCAACAAAGCGUGGGGGUGUUGCUAGAUUCAUCAAUCAUUCUUGUGAGCCUAACUGCUACACAAAGGUCAUAAGUGUUGAGGGUCAGAAAAAGAUCUUUAUAUAUGCCAAGCGGAAUAUUGCUGCUGGUGAUGAAAUUACUUACAAUUACAAAUUCCCAUUGGAAGAGAAAAAGAUCCCUUGCAACUGUGGUUCUAAGAGGUGCCGCGGCUCAAUGAACUGAGUUUUUUGGUGGAUGCAUUUUCCGCAUCAUCUUCAUCACCAUCACCUUAGCACCAAAUAUGUUGGGGUUACCUGUGGUUCUGUAAUUGUGCCAAUUAAUAUGAUGUGAUCUAACCAUUUCCAAAUGUAAAGGAUGAUGAUGAAUACCUGUUCCUAUUCAAAUACUUGUAGAUAUCUCAGUGGCAGAUGAGUAGCCCCUCUUAAGAACUGAAACUCGGGUGUCCAUAUUUAUUUUUAUUUUAUGCCUUUUGUUAUUAAACCUCCAUUCUUUUGUUAUUAUAAUUAUAGCAUACAAUUAUCUCAUUGACCAAAUUCUUAUUUGCAGUACGUAUGCUGUAUAGAUAAUGAUGUGUUCUUAUCUGAUUCAACUCCAGAACCCCAGUGAAUGCUGUCAAUUUGUUUGCUUAUAGAUAGAUCGCUACCUCCGUCCUUAUCUAAAGUUUCUGUUUCUUAUUUUGUGGUAUUGAAUGGGCAUCGUUGCCCAUUUUUAUCUACGAUUGUAUAUUUAUAAAGCCUAUAAUGAAUCGUUGUAUGCACUAAAACAGUUUGUUCACUUGACAGUCAAUGUACAUAAAUUAUGACAUAAAAGUCAUUGCAUAAACUUCAAGUAAGGGCGGAGGAAGUUGUGAAUCAUUGUAUGAUUAUUAGCCAUAGCAACAUUUUAUAUAUAUCUCGACAAAAGUGUUCAAACUGACUAGGCAUCUAAAUUUUCCGUUUUAAGUUGAUAUGUUCGAAGUCCAAGCAAAGCCACCUAUUCAAGGUAUCAAUAGCAGUUGGUCUAACAGUUGAAUAGAUUUCAAUUCACGGAAAAUGAUGAUCAGAAUGGAUUUGAUACCUAGUCUGAGUGAAGGACGCCCCUUUUUGUAAAAAUGAGUCUCUUGAAACACAUCAUCUGGACAAAAAACGAUAUUUAGGAAGCAUUGAAGUAGUGUGCGAACUGCUAGGUGGAUGUUUUUGAAGCUUUUCUGGUAUGUCCUUUUUCUAAUGUCUUAAUAGUCACCAGUAGGGGUUGUUUACUUUUUUCCAUUAUAUCUUGUCUGAACUAAAAUGUCUACUUAGUAAGGGUCUUGGUAUUAGAAGUUUAAAGUUGUUUACUUUUGUGCUGAGUAUAUUAUCCAAAUUGGGCAGAUAACCAAUUUAAGGUUGGGUCUUUGUCUAAGAAGUUGUUAACGUUGUAUGCUAAGUAAACAGUGUAAACUGGGCAAAUAACCAAUUGAAGGUUUUUAGCUACCUGUCGUCUUUUGUUAACACAUUUAUUCCAAAACGUAUUUCCUCAAAAAAUGGGUGAGUAGACUUUUAAAUCAUGAGAUAUAUCAGGAUUGAACCAUUGAGUUGGAUUUUGUUUGAAUGAGUAAUUUGUUUUCUCAAUUAUGUCAUAAACAUAUGUGAUUGAUGGACGAACAAUUCACUAACUUCUCAUGUACAUGCUAUAAGGGGUGAAAACAAUUGGUAUAUUAAUCCUUUGAGACAAAGUACGAAUGAUGUUUAGGAACGGAAAUAUGAAAUGCACGUCCCAUUCAUGAAGUGGCAAUUAUUGUUUUAGGAUUCAUGAAAUAAGGGUGAUGUUCUUUGCAUGAAUGGACAAUGGCACUUUUUGCGUCAAAAUGGUACUACCUCAGUCCCAGCCUAAAAUUUUUAUGAUAAAAUGACACGUUACUUGGACAACAAUUACAUAAAGUGAUACGAGUAUAUUUUGAAAAAUAUUUUUUACGAGUAUAUAAUAUUAUGAGGUCAUUGAAGAUAACGGUAAUGUUAUAGAUGUAUUAUUUUUAAUAUUUGACCAUCAAAUUAUCAUUUAAGAGUGUUAAUCAAGUUAUCAAUAUUUUUAAGAGUUAUUAAUAGAAAUGAUAAUCUUUAAGAGUGAAGUGCGGAUAAGUGUUGCCCUUUUAAAUGAGGCGUGGUGGAGUUCUUUUUGUUACAAUCGUGCACAAUAAUUUUUUAGGGAAAAGAGGCAAAUAAGCCCACGUACUAACAAAAAAGGGUCAAAUAAGCCAUUAUAUUGAAGGCCUCGUCCGUCCGUCGCCAUUUGGGGAGGUUCCCGGUAUAAUUUUUUGAUGAAAUUUGUUUAGCGCCGUAUUCAUUAAGUCUAGUUUAGUCAUACCAAAUUUCAGCUAACAAUUCAAUCGAGAAGACAUUCAAAUGAAUUCUUGAAUAUAACUGCGCUAUUAUCUUCAAGAAUUUAUUUGAAUGUCUUUCCGAUUGAAGUUUUAGUUGAAAUUUGGUAUGAGUAAAUUAGACUUAAUGAAUAAGAUGCUCAAAAAAUUUCAUGAAAAAAUGCCACCGGGAACCGCCCUAAAUGGCAACGACCGGACAACAUCUUCUAUAUAAGGGCUUAUUUGACCUUUUUUGGUUAGUACAUGGGCUUAUUUGACCAUUUUCCCCAUUUUUUAUAAUAUAUAUUUUCCCCUUGUUCCUUAUAAGUAAUGGUUGAUGUCUUAGUAUUAAUAAUUAUAAUUAUAAAUUUAUAAUCGUGCGAAAGUGACACUUUAAGUAAAGUGUGAUUAUGCUUGGCAGCGUUUCUUGCAAAAUGGCUUAGUUGUUGUUGAGUACCUUAGAUUUUGAUUGUGCGCAUAUAUUAAAAUAGAGGGAUAUUCUUAUCAGGGAUAUUUUAAAGGGUCGAAAAAGAUAUAAAAGUUUCUUCGCCUAUAUGGGACCAUCAUUUGCCCAUAUAAAUGUAUUGAACGGAAAGAAUAUAUUUAGCAUUUUCUAUUCCUAUAUCUUGUCUUGCUUCAUUUAUAUGAUAUGCUUUAACAAUUGUGACGAAUUCUUUACGCACUAUAUAUAUUCAAAUCACUUAUUUAGUUUUAGGAUGUUUUCUUUUGAACUAUUUACAGUCCCAGAUCACACCAGACUUCCGUAGUUAUAAAAUAUACAGAGACAAGAUGUUUAACAUAUCAGACCAGCAAGUUUCAAUCCAAAAGAAAACAUUCUUAUUUUGUUGGUUGCCAAAAUGUAUUGCUAACUUUUAUUUUCAUAUGUAUAGUUCUAUCGAAUUUAAUGCAUCAAACUCCCUUUUGAUGUAUGAAUUCAGCAGAUUAGGCCAUUGUGAAUUUUUGAUUAAAAAGAUGUGUUAAACCUCCUUGUGUCUUUUCAUGCGCAAAAUCCCUCAAAGAAUAAAUUUAACAAUUUGGAAAUCAAUUGUUUAAUAUUAUGAUUAUUUAUGUACGUAAAUUUGUUGAGAUCUCUUAUUCAUGCAACAAAAUAUUAAUCAUUUUUAUCAUUUAUUUGACACUUAAAUUGUCUAUAGAGAGAAUUUUGUGCAUAAAUAAUUAUAACAUAUGUGGGUUUGACACAUUUUUUAAAUCACAGAGUGCUAAUGCGUCAAAUUUAUUUAACAAAUGGGGUUUGGUGUAUCAAACCCAGCUUAUUUGUAAACACGUUUAGCGUGAGGCUAAUAGAUAGUUAACUUUUCCAAAAGUAUGUAACUGGAAGUAAAAUCGGGCUCCUUAGCUAUUUGCACCUGUGAUUAACAAAUAUCUCACUGUUCUAAUUUCUAACAUCGAACCAACCUUAGCUCAAAUGGAAGAGCAGAGGAUUCAAGCAAGACUUGGAUACAAUUCCAAGAAUUGCAGAAUCCUUUGGUUGUCGGUUCAAAUCCGACAGGUUGGUGCUACCUUCGGUUAUGGAAGAAUUUCUUGCGUAUAGUGAGUGAUAAUGAAAAGCAAAGGCAAUACCAUUAGCCAUUUUUUAUUACUCCGUUUUAGUGGAUUAUUCUUGCUUUUGUGUAGAUCAUGGUUUUAAUGUGCGAUCUCUUUCCAAUUUCUCGUUUUUAGUGGUUGUUUAUCGAUCAUAGCACUUUGUCUUGAGUGUGACAUUGCAUUACCUAAUUAAUCAACUUUGAUAAGUAUGCCUCCUGCAAGUGUACCAAGAACAUUAUACUUGCGAUUGAAUCUGAAUUCAAGGAGAAAACUAUAGUAGGAGUUAGUUUCUUGCUUGAAUCUGGUGGUGUUGACUAAUAGGUGACGUGGUGAUUCUCUUUGAAACUGUGUUAACCUAGGAACGGGAGGACUAACACGAUCAAUUCGUUUAGAGCGAUUUAUUGUGUAUAGAUGGCAGUUGGAAUCUGGCAGAUUGUUCGGGCGAUUUGAAUUUACAUCUAUCAAGGGUUUGGGAUGCACUCGUGGGAGUCUAGGAUUAGCAGUGAAAUUAGGAUCAUUUGGUUCUCAGUUCAAACAGAAAACGUAAACCUUACUAGGCUACCAAGUGAUAUGCGAUCUCAGGCAUGCAGCUCGUAUUUAUGUUAUGUACCUAAUCGUUGUUGUAAUGCAGUAUCGUUCGUUUUUAAAACGUGUAUUUAUGGAUUGAAUUGAUGAAUGUAAUAUAAAAUAGAGUAUCGUUGAUUGUUUAUAAUGUGUGCAUUUAUGCAUUGAAUAGAUGAAUGUAAUAUGAAGUAUAGUUAUAUAGACGAAUUGAAUAGAUGAAUGUGUACACA